UCCUUUUGAAACAGAAAGGACUUGUUCACCAUAGUUAUAUCAGAGAAAACUCAAGUCAGAUUCAUCCAAGCUUGAUCAGUUGCCAUACCGUUAGAUAAACGCCGACUCUUCUGAACCUAGCUUCAAACCAACUUAAGAGACCAAACAAAAAAAAUAUAAAGAAACUAUAUUAUUAGUUCGGUUGAAAAUAUAAAAGACCAAACAAAAAAAAACAACGGAAAGGUUUGUAGAUAGGAAAGGGCGGCGAGAACCCUCUGGACGACUCAGAGUCUCAACGAUUAACUUAAGAAGUGCUUAAGAGUUUUGGCUUCGAUAAAAAAAAAAAAAAAGUGUCUGCAAUUACACACAGAGAGAAGAAGGGAAACUGUGAGAUCGGAAACAAUGGAUUCUACACUUUCGUUGAAGCCCAGAGGAAAAGGGAAAGGAUCACAGGGAGCUUCCUCUUCCAAUGACAAAUCCAAGUCGCAGCUCCUCAAGGAAUGGACCAACUGGUCUCUCAAGAAGGCCAAAGUCGCCACUCACUACGGAUUCAUCCCUCUCAUCAUCAUCGUCGGCAUGAACUCCGAUCCAAAGCCCCAUCUCUUCCAGCUCCUUACCCCUGUCUGAUCCUCCAAUUCCGGAACGAGAUCGAUCCCGUCUCCCCCGGUUUGGAUUCGCUGAAUCUUCUUUUAUGUUUUCAGAAUCUGUGGUUGUAUGGAAUCAAUUCAUCUUUGUUUGCCUUUUCUUAUACAAAUUGAAUCAGUAGUAAUGAUCAAAUAAUGCUUUGAGAAUUGACAUUUUUAAGCUAUCUAUCACUCUGGAUCAA